AGAGAAUGUGUAAGAAUGGAGGAGACAGUUGCGGAUUUUGGUGAGAGGCUUGCAACACUAUAAUUGUAAAUCUCCAUUGUUAAGUAGUGGAUUCGUCCCGAACCACGUAAAUCUUUCUAUUUGUCUUGCAUUUUAUUUCCAUUCCUCUACUUGCCAAUCGGUUUCCAUUUCUCUAAAAUAAAUCUACAGCUUUUACUAUCUCCAAAAACCAUGUAUAAAUUUGUUCUUCUUCGUUCCAUUCAAAGACGUCUGUGAAAGAAAAGCUGUGGCCUGACUGCAAAUACUUAAACAGUUGCGGAAGACUGCUAGUUGACAACAAAGUUGAUGUUAUCAACUAACUACAUUACAUAUGGAGACAAAUGGCCGAUACGAACAAUCGUUUUGUCGUUGAAUCCAAGAUCGACGAAUGGUGGCGUGUUGUUGUUGUUGUUUGGCUAUGGUUGGAUGGUUCAAUCAAUGCUAGUUGCUACAUAGGUGCUUGCCAGAGCUGAAGCUGUUAGUUGAAAAGUUCCCUGGUGAUUAUGGGGGGAAAACACUCCAGACAACAAAGCUACUAUCGUCCAGCAUAUAAUUAUGGACCUCCCCCAGUUUCAAAUGCUUCACCUUAUCCCUCCUAUUCUAGGAACUAUGCAGAGCGUGAUGUAAGAAAUCGAGUGCAGAGAAGGUACACAAAGAUUCCUGACAGUUACAACUCUAUUGAACAGGUAACGGAGGCUCUUUCUCAAUCAGGCCUUGAAUCUUCAAAUCUCAUUAUUGGAAUUGAUUUCACAAAGAGCAAUGAAUGGACCGGUGCAAGAUCUUUCAACCAUAAGAGUUUGCAUCAUCUUGGGGAAUCUCCAAAUCCCUAUGAACAGGCAAUAUCCAUAAUUGGAAGGACUCUUUCAAGUUUUGAUGAGGACAACCUUAUUCCUUGUUUUGGCUUUGGAGAUGCAUCAACACAUGAUCAGGAGGUUUUCAGCUUUUAUCCAGACAAUAGGCCCUGUAAUGGCUUUGAGGAGGCACUAACACGAUAUAGGGAAUUGGUUCCACAACUUCAUUUAGCCGGGCCAACAUCUUUUGCUCCAAUAAUUGAAACUGCAAUAGGUAUUGUGGAGAAUAGUGGUGGACAGUAUCAUGUUCUUCUGAUCAUUGCAGACGGACAGGUUACAAGGAGUGUCGAUACAGAAUAUGGCCAGUUGAGUCCACAGGAGGAUGAUACAAUUAAUGCAAUAGUCAAAGCAAGUGAAUACCCAUUGUCAAUUGUUUUGGUUGGUGUUGGUGAUGGACCCUGGGACAUGAUGCACGAGUUUGAUGACAACAUUCCUGCUCGAGCAUUCGACAAUUUUCAGUUUGUGAAUUUUACAGAAAUCAUGUCAAGAAAUAUUCCUGCUGCCAAGAAAGAAACAGACUUUUCCUUGGCAGCACUUAUGGAAAUACCUUCACAGUACAAAGCAACACUAGAGCUCCAUCUCCUGGGCCGCCGGAGAGGGACCCAAGGGAGGAUUCCUAUUCCUCCUCCAGUCAUUGGUUACAAUUCCAGAAAUUCCAGUUUUAGGUACUCACGCUCAAGUAGCUUUGGAAAUGGUACUGGAUAUCACAACAGUUCCCAUACUCCUCCAGUAGAAAUUCCUUCACGCAAUAGUCCAAGUCCACACAACAACCACAACAACCAGACUUGUCCUGUUUGCUUCUGGAGUGCCAAGGAUCUUGCCUUUGGAUGUGGCCAUCAGACAUGCUAUGAUUGUGGAAGAGAAUUGACUUCAUGUCCUAUUUGCCGAGCCAAUAUAACCACAAGGAUAAAGUUGUAUUAAUAACACUCUACAACACAAUGUAGCAAUUUAGAAGGUUGGAGUGAAGUUCUAUUCAUAAGCAAGAGGGUUUGGGUUAGCUCUUCUGUUUCAUGAUCAUUUAGUUGUAUGUUUUGUAAAUAGUCACUAUUUUGAAGGUUCUUGUCUUUGAUCAUCAUGCCAGGAAAAAGAACCCCAACUGCUUGUGCAAUGAUGAUCCUAAAUCAGUUAAUCCUAUAGCUCUGUAAUUUCAUAUGAAAUGUUUCCAAAAUUAUGAAAAGGUUUGUUGUUAUUCAUAUUUUCUACAAAGCAGCAUAUUAUGAAUUGA